CCCAAAUCCCGCCUUCAGUUUGCUUGGAAAAAGGAACUCCUGUUACCCCAUCCACACAAAGGCAAGGAAGUUGUUAUGAGAUACCCAAAGAUCCCCCUCUUCCUAAAAGGCUUGCUCAUAGAACCACAAAUGUCAGAUAUCCGUCAUGUAUUGAGAAAACAAAGAAAGGUGGUAAGAGUAACAAUAGUCGAAAGACGAUGGCCACCCCAAAAAAAACAAGCCGAUAAGCAUUGUGGCACUCCGUCCAACACCCAGGCACCGCAAGGUUUUGUCUUCCCUUACAACCCCCAAUCGGUUGGGGGGAUACAGAUGGUUGAUGGUGAUGGUUCUAUUGGGUACUUCAUUGGUGUGUCUGGAGGGCACACCGUACCUGCUAAUUUUUCAGGGUCUGAAACUGAACUUCAGUCAAUGUACAGGGCUGGUUUCAUUCCUUACCAGUACACUCAGUACAGGCCAAUGUAUCCAUAUGGUGUACUGGCAGCAACAUCCCACUCUCCUCCCACCCCUCGUUCUGCAUCUUCCCUAACUGGUGGUAGGCCUAUGUUCAGACCAAUUGCACUAAAACCCCCCAUGUCCACUUAUGGAUGUAAUCAACAGGCUCCUACUCAACAUCAAUCUAAUCAUUUUGUUCAGCAGUUCACUAAUCAGCAGUAGGUCCAGAAAGGAGUGUCGUGUUGAAGUGUAGAACCUUUUGAAGCGUAAAUGCUGAAGUAAGUAAUAUAAUUGCUGCUUUUUGUAUAGACUGUUAGGUCAGGUGAUAAGCGGAGUAACACACGCAUUAAUUUUUGUAAGAUCAGUACAUUGAUCAUUAUUACAUUCUUGUUAGGUAAGAGUACAUGUUUGGCAAGGGUACAUGUUUGAGUUUUGGCGUAUCUUUUGUAAGAUCAGUAUAUUGAUCGUAUAUGUAAGCUGAUUACUAUUCUCGCUAAAA